AUGCUUUGGUCAAGGGUAUUCAGCUCAUGCCAGAGGUUCUCUCUUUUCUCCCACCUACUUCUUGCACCGUCACUUUGCUUAAAUCGACUGCUCGUGAUGAGUGAAGACCAUGGGCCAGAUCUUCCUUUAGAAGCCCGCGAGGCAACCGUUCCUGAAAGCUCGAGACGACCCCGUAGUCGAGUCAAGCACACUAUUCGGAAAUUUGCGAAAGGCGUCAUUAGGAAGCUUUCUAAAUUCUUCAAGUAUUCCCGCAGCCGCGUUCCUGCGAUCCAGAAUGUGGACCUUCAAGAUACUUCGUCGAAUCAGAAUAUCGAGAGGCGCCCAGAACACGCCAGAUACACUUCCUUCCACCGACGACAACCAUCCCACCACAGCUGA